AUGUUAGGCCCAUAUAAUCAAGGUAUUGGCGCAAAGAAACGAAGGUAUAGAAAAAAUUUGUCUUCCGAAUACAACGAAAACCAAGAUUUUUUUUCUUCAACUAGUGAUGAGGAUUCCGAUCACGAAUACCGCCGACAGAAAAGGAGACAUGUAACUCAAACCGAUGCUGAAGUUAUUCCAACGUUUCAGCCAGAUGAAAAAACAAGCAACGUUAAGGGUUGGUUGCAUAAAAUCGACCAGUUGGGUGAUGUGUACAAUUGGAAUAAUAAGGAUCGCCAGUUCAUCAUGCAACUUCGCCUUCGGGGUUCUGCCAGAGAUUGGUAUGACGAUUUAGAAGAUUAUGAUCUUACUUGGAGUGAGUGGAAAAAUGCGCUAGAGACCGCGUUUCCACGGUCUACAGACUAUGUUGAUCUUUUAGAAGCUAUGCUUGCAAGGAAGAAAUCUAAUAGUGAAACUAUGACAAAAUACUAUCACGAUAAAAUAUCUUUGCUCAAAAAAUGCAAUAUUGGAGGCGAGGAAGCGAUAUCAUGUGUGAUCAGAGGUUUACCGGUCGAAAUAAGGGCUAAUGCAAAAGCUUUUAAGUGCGACUCGCCGCAGCAGCUCUAUUAUGGAUACUUAUCAUCCCUUGAAAAUUAUAAGCAAUUAGAAGCUACCGACAGUCUCCAACGACCCAGUACGACGUGGAAGAGAGAUGGCAAUAUUACAUCGGCUACACCAGAAAACUAUGUACUACCUAAGAAAUGUUACGCAUGCAGAAGACAAGGACAUGAAAUAAAGGACUGCAAAGUUCCACGGUGCGAGGUGUGUCACCGGCCUGGCUACACCAUCGCCAACUGUUGGUAUGCCACCAGUAAUCCUCGACAACAGCCACAUAAGGUCAGUAAUAUUUUGUUCACAACAUAUAAUAUUUAUCUAGAUCUAUAUAAAAAAGUGGUAAGGGUUAAUGGAGAAAAACUUAUUGCAUACAUAGACACAGGAAGUAAACUGAAUAUUCUUACUGCGACACAAGCUAAUAGUGUGAUGUUAGAAGUAGUGCCUUCUUCAAUAAAGAUGAAAGGAUUUGGAGGUGCAUAUUCGAAAUCAUUGGGGACCUCGCGGAUCGAUGUGAAGAUAGAUGAUAUUAUUAUAAGUGGUUCUGUUGAGUUAACGAAUAAUGAUUUAGCUGAUAUAGACUUAAUUAUCGGUCAAACAAUGAUAAAUUAG